CAAAUGUCAACCGGACAUUAAAAAGUCAAGAAUCGGAAGUAGAUUUAGAUCCGAUCUGUAUCACAGAGUACUUUGUAACAUACUGGUCUGUAUACUCUAUAUUUGUAUGUAUGUCUAUGACAUUCUUUGCUUUGAUUUGGCUUGGUUGGAAAUAGUUAGGUUAGAAACUUAAGAAAUAAAGUAAUAUUAUAGAAUUAACGUUAAGACAUCAAGCAUAAACUUGUGUUCAUUUUAAUCUAUACAACUUCCGAUUAUUUACCCUUUGUGACGUUCAAAAGUUGUUUAUAUAUCUUAAAGUUCCUGUAAGUUGCAGUCUUACUCUGGUUACUGAAGUUUCGAAUAUAUAAAACCCAUAAAACGUUAACAUUAUCAUACAAGAGCUUAUAUCCGAGAAGCAUUAUUAAGCAAUUUUGCAAAACAGCAAUGCCAGCUAGCAGCAUCGACUUGUUUCACAUGCAGGAUGCCAAAAAUAAUUUCAUCGCCAUGCGACCUGCUCCAGUUUGCAGUGAUACUAAUCAAUUAAUGGGUCAUUGCCAGAAUGUUCACAUAUCUAAAAAUUGCUACUAUGGCUUUCAAGAAACUAAGAAUCCAGAAAACAUUUACAAUACGGACUGCGAAAUGAAGGAAGCACCAGUCAUCAAUGAAACGGAUUCUUCACCAAAAAAUGGCAAAAAGCGAUGUGCAGAAUAUUUCGUCUAUCCUGAAAGCAAACGGCUGCGAGAAGAGGGUAUGGUGCCAACGACCUCCACCCACAAUCCGCGAUUACUACGACCAACUCACAACAAUCCAGAUAUAUCUCGUUGUCUCAUGGUCCAUAUGAUUUAACAAAAAUAUUAAAUUCUCAGAAAGAUGACAAAAAAAUUAAUUCAGCAAUGUCCAUUUUAUCUGCAGAAGUACAAACAAAGAAAAAUAUUGAACCUGAGACAACUGAGAAAGCAAGCAUUCAUUCAAGCACAGAAGAUUUACUGGAAAACCUUUAUUGGAACCUGCAUGGAGGACAUAUGUUUCAUCUAUGUUAUGUCUGUGACUAAUAUUAGUGAUAAAGUGUGAUAAGACUAAAAUGAAGAUAUCUAAAUUGUAAUUUACUAUGUUUUUGUUAAUACAAAGUUCUUUAGUGAUUUAAAAUAAAGCAUACAUAGGAGA